AUGUGUGUGAAAACUGCUGUAGGUCGAGGCGUGAUGCCGAGCGUGAAGUUGGCGCUGGACCACGUGAACGAGCACGACUCCGUGCUCAGGAACUACAGGCUGCACAUGUGGUGGAACGACACCGAGUGCAAUGCUGCGGUGGGUGUUAAGUCAUUCUUCGAUAUGAUGCACAGCGGGCCUCACAAGCUGAUGCUGUUCGGCGCGGCGUGUACCCACGUCACUGAUCCAAUUGCGAAGGCGUCCAAGCACUGGCAUCUUACACAGCUGUCCUACGCGGACACCCAUCCGAUGUUCACGAAAGAAGCUUUUCCCAACUUCUUCCGCAUCGUCCCCUCGGAGAAUGCUUUCAACGUGCCCAGGAUCCGAUUGCUCCAACAUUUUAACUGGACGAGAGUAGGAACGAUCUACCAGAAUGAACCAAGAUAUGCCUUGGCUCAUAACAGGCUACUCGCCGAUUUGGAUACCAAUGGAUUCUUGAUAGAAGAAACACAAAGCUUCGCCACUGAAGUGAGGACAGCGCUAGCUAAAUUAAAAGAGAAGGACGUCAGAAUCAUCCUGGGCAACUUCAACGAGACGUGGGCAGUUAAAAUAUUUUGUGAAGCCUACAAGUUAGAAAUGUACGGUAGAGCAUACACAUGGCUAUUGCUGGGAACGUACAGCAACAAAUGGUGGAUGAGGCGCGCGCCUUGUUCCAAGAGGGACCUCACCACGGCGCUGGACACAGCCAUACUCACCGACCUGCUGCCACUCUCCACCACCGGGGAGACGACUGUGUCUGGGAUUUCCGCAAAAGAUUAUCAAGUGGAGUAUGACAGAAGAAGAGGCAUCGAGUAUUCAAGAUUUCAUGGAUAUACAUACGACGGCAUUUGGGCAAUGGCGAGACAGACGGUGGCCAGGAUUUCAGAAUACAGAGACAGAGACAAAGAAUGGGAGCAGCUGUUCCUCGACGCACUCAGCAACGUGACGUUUGAAGGAGUCACGGGUCCAGUGCGGUUCUAUGACAACGAGCGAAAAGCAUCCAUUUUGCUAAAGCAGUUUCAAGGUGACGAAGUCGGGGAGGUGAAGGUGGGCGAGUACUGCGCUGAAAGGGACCACCUCGAUUUAGGUAGCUGGGAACCGUUCAAGUGGAUUGGAAAGAAUCCGCCUAAAGAUCGGACACUUCGGUUGAUCGAGCACACCCAGGUGAACAUCACUAUCUACUCGGUGCUGGUGUCGUGUUCCAUCCUGGGAAUAUUGCUUGCUACUGGUUUCCUCGCUAUGAAUAUACAUUAUAGGAAUCAGAGGUAUAUAAAAAUGUCAUCGCCACAUUUGAACAACCUCAUUAUCGUGGGGUGCAUGCUUACGUACCUGAGCGUGAUCUUCCUCGGCCUGGACUCGAGCCUCAGCAGUAUAGCUGCGUUUCCAUACAUCUGCACUGCCAGAGCUUGGCUCCUGAUGGCAGGAUUCAGUCUUGCGUUCGGUGCUAUGUUCUCCAAAACUUGGCGUGUCCAUUCCAUCUUUACUGAUGUCAAGUUAAAUAAGAAGGUAAUAAAGGAUUACCAGCUCUUCAUGGUGGUUGGUGUACUGCUCUGCGUAGACUUGGCCAUCAUGACUACUUGGCAGAUCUCGGACCCGUUCUAUAGAGCCACUAAGCAAAUGGAACCUUAUCCACAUCCGUCGAGCGAGGAUAUAGUGAUAGUCCAAGAGAACGAGUACUGCCAAUCAGAGCGGAUGACCAUUUUCAUCGGCAUCAUUUACGCUUACAAAGGCCUGCUUUUGGUGUUCGGUGCAUUCCUGGCGUGGGAGACGCGCCACGUGUCCAUCCCUGCUCUGAACGACUCCAAGCACAUCGGCCUCUCGGUGUACAACGUUCUCAUCAUGUGCAUCAUGGGCGCUGCUAUUGCACUCGUUCUGUCUGACCACAAAGACGCGCUGUUCGUCCUGAUCGCCAUCUUCAUUAUAUUUUGCACAACAGCCACCUUGUGUUUGGUAUUCGUGCCCAAACUCUUGGAACUGCGCCGCAACGGUCAGCCGGGCGCGGCCCCGACCCGCAUCCGCGCCACGCUGCGGCCCGCGUCCACGCACGAGUGCCGCUCGCCGGGGCCCGAGCUGGAGCGCCGCCUCAAGGAGCUGCGCCAGUACAACAACCGCUACCGCAGGACGCUGCAGGCCAAGGAGAACGAGCUGCAGAUGCUGUUGAGUAAACUGGGCAGUGAUGCUGGCUCUGAAUCGUCAACGCGCGGCGACUCCAGAUCUCCAGCCACACAAAGAACGAGGUUACCUGUUCCCAAGGAGAAUAUCAGUCAUCCAGAAACAAGUGAUAUAACAUCAGUGUGCAGUUUAAGUGCAUCAGCGGGUGCUGAAGCUGAAUACAUCAAUUUGCAGAAUCAGUCUUCAGAGAAGUUAAAACCAUCAGCACCCCCUGAGCCCAUAAAAGAAAUUCCGUCAAAGGAACCCAAGAAGGAGCAAACUAAGAAUGUCUCCUUUAAGAAUCAUCUUGACUACACUAGUCCUCCAACAUCAAAGGCCGUUCCUGAGAAGGACCAACUGGCGAAACUACCAUACGGAUGGACUGCUGAGGAGCCUUCAGAACCAAUGCCAAAACCAGGAACAAAAGUACAAACAGAACCAGCGAAAGCUGAAACAAAGACUGUAACAGCACUGAAGCUUAGUGACACCCCCACUGCUAAGUCUGUACCAGCUAAGAUUCAAGAGCCGAUGUAUACGAAAGCAGCUCCGCCAAAAAUUAACAAGACACCGGAACUUCAAAAGAAGGUUGUGAAAAAUCAAGAAUCAAUAUCGACAAAGACGACGCCAUCUCGAGAACAUAAGCCACAGUCCCGCGGACACCGUCGUAUGUCUAGUUUAAGUCAAGGCGCGCUGCUGACUGAUUUGAUGCAUGUCUCCGUAGAUCAAGAUGAUAUUGAACCUCCGCCAGGGAUGGAGAGGAAAGUUAUAGGACAAGAACGAGAUCCACCACCUUUAAAACCAAAACAAGAACCAGAAGAUAUAUUAGAUAUAGAUCACGACUAUUCUUCUAUGGAGAGAAGAAAAGCUUGUCAGAGACGAGAUUCAGAAAAACGAAAGAAAGAAAACUUUAUUGUGGUGCAGAGCGAUCUUUGGGACACAAACACUUUCCAAUAUACUUGUCAGAAAUCACCACCGGGUCAUCACCACACUCCAAUGCAACGAAGUGUAUCAGAGAAAAGUCGACAGCAAUCGUCUCCUCAUCACCAAAGAGACCCAGAUGUUAAGAGUAUGGAGAGAAGAGCUUCAAAUGCCUCCAUAAAUUACGCUGGCACCACAAGAGGAGGUACUCCUGAAGGUUACCGGGAGGCUGAAACUUUAAGAAUGAGUGAUCGGGUGUCAAAGCGGCGCGGUUCAGAGUUCCCACAACCCGUGAGCACGCCUCCACAUCAGAAUCAAGCUAAACGACGACAGUCUUCUGCACAAGUAAGGUCACUGCAAGAAACAGACCAUGAAAGAACAGCGGAAAAACCUGAACAGAAACCUCGAAGACAUGACGACAUUCCUCGGAAGGCUGUGCAAGAAUUACCGCAAGAAGACUCUUGGAGACCGGACCCGGACACAAUUAGAGUGUCUAAAGGUCAAGACUCGCCUGCAAAGAGGUUACGUCAAGAGGCAGAGCCUCUCAAAAGGGCGAAGGGUGUGGGAGAUUCACCACGAUUGACGCAGGCAUCCCACCAACCGAGGCCUGAUCAUCAUAAGAGCAGUCCUAAUGUAGCUUCUAGACAUAAAUCAGGUUCACCAAACAAACGAGAGGACCGCAAAUCGGCGACGUACAGCCGCAGCGACUCGAAGAGACAGGAGUCUGUGGAGCAGCGCAAGAUGUACACGGCCAGCUCCGAGUCGGAACUGUUCGAGUGCGCCAUCUUACCCAUCUUCCACAAACUGUUGACGGAAAGGCACAAGAGCCAACCGCACGGCUUGAACCUAAGUUACGGCGUCAGCUGUCCCAAUAUAUCUAUCAAGUGCGAUAUAGUUGAAUACUUGUAAGGGUCUAGUGCAAACUCGUUAGAUACGACGCGACGUAUGUACCUGUGAUCAUGUUGACUUCGAACUUAUCAGUUUCAGAUAACGAUAUCUUAUAUUUGUGUCUAUUUUGGUUUGUGAUAUUAUGAGUAUAAUAUAAAGCAGGAAAUAUUUCUGUUUGUUCUAGUCCGUUUUGAUAAGUAAAUUCUUUUACAAAUAGUCAAUUAUAUCAGAGGGUUCCGUCGACGUCACACUGAACUCGUUUCCUUAUCUUCAACUUUGAGGAUAUUAGGCACUACGUUCCUAAAAUAAACUGCCUUUGCAAUUGCAUCUUUUAUCGAACACUGUUUUCAAAUAUAGAAUAUAAAGAAAAAUAAGAGAUAUCUCUUAUUUAUAUAUAUAUAGAAAUAUAAGAUAUAAAUAAAAGGGCGAUAUUGCUAGUUAGGUAUAUAUAAAAGUGUCGGUCAUCAGGAUGUCAAGGAUAAAUUAGAUUUUAAGAUAGCGAAAUCUGGUGUAUAUUUUAAUUUAAUAAUAGAUAAUUAUACGAUGUUAAGAUACUUGUUAGUAAAUGUAAAUGUUUUAAACAUAGCCGUAAUAUUCUCAACGACGAGUUCGCUCACGGGUCUUUAAUGUUAAAAUAUAUUUUACGUAUAAAGUGAAACACUAUUAAAAUAUUUUAAUUGUUAUUACAUCGAAUUUGUAUGAAGUAAAUAACUGUUAUGGGGAAAGAUGGGAUUGCACUAUGAAUAAUUUAGGGUAACAUAGCGGCGACCUUUCCUUGUGUUAGUGAUUAUAUAUAUAGGUAUUUUAAUCUGUAAAAGUUUCUGAGAAAAAUAUUAAUAUGUCUGUAUUUGUAAAAACAAUCUCGAAAAGUCUCAAGCCUUAGGUAUGCAUCCAGGGGCGGAUCGUGAAUUUGUGGGGCCCUGGGCUAAAUCUACUUACGGGCCUACCUAAUUAUAUCACUCAACUAAAAAAAUACACCCACCAAAAACGAGCAGAAAUUCUCCGUUCCUUUCGAUAGACGUGCACUUGCAUGGGUUGAUUGACCUCAGGGUUGCC